CUGAGACCAGUGUCUUCAAAGCCUCAGGAAUUGAACAAUUCUGCAUUCAUGGAGGGCCUAUCAUGCAUCCCAUGCACCUUCAGAUGGCAAUGUAGUUUAUAUUUGCCUCUCCUAGAGGUAGAGGGACAUCUGGGGUUUUCAACCUAUGUAUUGAGAUCCAGUUCAUUGAACCUACAAUUCGCUCUUUUUGAGGAUUAUUUGAAUUUGAGAUAUUUGUAUGAUGAUAGAAUGAUCAGAUCCUUUUGCAGAUCCGUGUACUACUGGUUUGUAUUCAUCAGACGUCACAACAGAGUUGUACAUGCUACAACAGAUACUAGAACGUAUCCAGAGACUGAAAAAACUGAUGACAACAUACUUACAGAGGUUGUCAUCAGUUCCAAUGAAAAUGACAUUACUUGCCCGGAAAAGACUGAACCACAAGAGAUAAUCUCGAAACAUGUUAACAAAAGUGACACAGAUUUACUAGACAUUGUCAUCAGUUCUGGUAACAACACAACUAAUGGUGACUCAGAUACCGUACUGGCCGUUGUCAACAAUACUACUGGACUUGACGAAAACAAUGCAGGAGAUCUUAUUCUUGAAGAUGUUGAUGAACGUGACUCAGAUACCGUACUGGCCGUUGUCAACAAUACUACUGGACUUGACGAAAACAAUGCAGGAGAUCUUAUUCUUGAAGAUGUUGAUGAACGUGACAUAGAAACCAUGCCAGCCGUUGUCAUCAUUUCUGGUAACAACACAACUACUGGUGACUCAGAUACCGUACUGGCCGUUGUCAACAAUACUACUGGUGACUCAGAUACCGUACUGGCCGUUGUCAACAAUACUACUGGCCUGGAAGAUACUAAAACAGGAGAUCUAAUCCUGGAAGACAUUAGUGAUAGUGAUACUGAUACCGUACCGGAUAUAGUCAUUGGUUCUGAUAACUUCAUGACCACUGGAACUCUGCUACUCUAUAAGGCCAACCAUCACAUUGGAUGGGAGUUCUGCUUUAGCAAGUUGUUCCUGUUCACUACCUGA